UAGGCGUUUCUAGAGAUCGAAGCGCAGCAAAGGAGUCGAGCUUUUCGUUCAGCUCUUUUUUCUUGAUGAAGUUGAUCUAGACGUAGCAUCAUUUUCUUGGUAGGACUGUAGUAUCUUUUCUUGUUUUCAUGUUGUGAUCGAAUAUCAGUCUCGGGAAACAAUAUUGACUGGAGUUCCUCGAUAAUUUGGUACACUGUAGUGAAAAUCGAUGGUUGCUGAGAGAAAGCAUUGUAAUUACUUGAAACUGGACUUGGCAAGAUUGGAGACUGCAUGCUGAGCGGAACUGAUGGUUGAUAGGAUUUGAGUGAUGGAGGAUCCUGAGACGCGCAUCCGUGCGCUGACUGAGCACGCGAACGCCGUGGAAGUGGACGCGGCCGUCAGUCCCAAAUUAUAUUUUCGCUCUGGGGUGCAGAUGAUCACCACAGCUGGCAUUUAUUAUGACGAGGGCAACUGGACAGCAGCACUCAUUCUCUAUAUGAAGUAUAUCGUCCUGUUCGUGGAGAGGCUUCCCAAGCAUCCUCAGUAUAAAUCACCACCAGGCUUGGCUGAUCAUAAGAAGACCACCAAAUCUAAUCUCACGACAGUGGCCUUUCCGCGUGCCGAGGAGCUGAAAUCCAAGCUGAGGCAGAAGUACAGGAAUGAGUAUGCAUCUUGGAAAGCUGCUGAAGAUGCCCGACUGCAGCGUGAGGCAGAAGAACAGCAGCGACUCCAAGAGGAGGAGCAGCAGGCGGAGAUUGCACGCCAGCAGAGACUCGCCGCCAUUGAAGAAGAGAGACAGCUUGCAUUGCACAAGAAACAGUACGAGCUAGCUCAGCAGCAUGAACAGGAGCUGCAGCGGCAGCACCAACUGGAGGAGGAGAGGCAGCGGGGGCUGGAAAUGGAGCGUCAGGACAGCCUCCGACGUGUCGAGGCCGAGCGCGCCCGCCGGGAAGAGGAGCGGCAGCAAGCACUGGCUGCGGCAUCGCUUACCUUGGCCGAGUCCAAUCCACCGUCGUAUAGCUCGGUAGCACUAUCGCCCACUGCACCACCAAUAUCUAGUAUUCAAUCACAGGGUGAAACAACCAGCAAUUCUCUCACCUCGUCCACCGUGUCUAUGGGUAGCGCACGACCAACGAUAGACCGCAGCUUGAAACCAUUGAAGCCAGAAGUGGAGUCUGAUGAGGGCGAGCCGGCUGGCGUCGCGCCGAACGGGUACCGCUGGCUUCGAGUGCCGCUGGACAUUCCGCAGAAAUUCUUGCAGUGCGCGGCGGCCAACACCCAGCGCAACCUGGAGUUCUGCGGUAUACUGUGCGGCAGGCUUCAGAGGAAUGUCUUCUCCAUUACUCACGUGAUCAUACCGAAGCAGACAUCCACAGCCGACUCGUGCACCAUGCUGAACGAAGAAGACUUGUUCGACAUUCAGGACCAGAACUCGCUGAUCACGCUCGGCUGGAUUCACACUCACCCGACGCAGACUAGUUUCUUGUCUAGCGUAGAUCUACACACGCAGUUCUCAUAUCAAGUCAUGAUGGACGAAGCCGUGGCUAUCGUGUGUGCUCCGCGCUACAACCAAACUGGCUUGUAUUCGCUGACUACGCAGGGCAUGCGAGAUAUUCGCCAGUGCAAGGAGAAAGGUUUCCAUCCCCACUCGCAGCAGCCGCCGCUGUUCGAAGACUGUGCGCACACUCUUGUGCAGUCCGAUCUCCAGUCGACGUUCAUUGAUUUGCGUAGUUAGCGUGUGUUCUUAAAUUUUGCUGUACGUGUGAGCGUGCGUGUGUGUGUGUGUGUGUGCGCGUGUGUGUGUGUGUACGUGUGUGUGUGUGUGUGUGUGUGUGUGUGUGCACGCGUGUGUUACGGUGUGUUAACCUUUUUUUCUCAAACCUUCUUGUACAUUGCUGAUUGCAUUGCAUUGCAUGGCUGUCUGUAUUGCUAUUUAGUAGACCAAUCUGUUGCCUCUCUGUUUGUCUUGCUGUCGAUUUAUAGUCCGUUCUCUACGCACAUUGUAGCAAUAUUUUUUUCUGUUGAGAUUGCCCCACCGAAGCCCUAUUUUAACUAACGCCGAUUUUACUUUUACCCAAUUGCUUAUGCUGCUAUUGCUACUCGGCACUCUGCUGGGCACCCAUUGCACCUUGUUCUGUCCCGGUGCACCGUGGCUCAGCUAGUAUCGGGGGACAUGCUUUUACACUGUUGAUUGUUGAGAUGUUGUAUGAACUACGGUAUGUUUAUACAAUGUUACCUAGCUGUCAGAUAUCCUGUAUAGUAGAUCUACUGUUGUCAGGUGACAGAAACUGCUUGGAUUCAGUGUAGUCCAUUACUGCCAUGCUGGAGCUGGUCUCAGCCAAUUCUGUCAAGUCUAUCUUAUAUUUUUUGUGAGACUACUGAAGUGGGUAUUGUGGACAACUGGUAACUACA